GACACGCGAUCAGAACAUGUCGAGCUAUCAGUAGAUAUGUUACAACUCACGUGGCCUGGGGACGGUUUCCAUAGUAACUAGCGUGCUCUUCAAGUGGUAGCGUGAUGCAUAGUUAAUUGAAGCAUAAGGUAAGACUAGGCCGGAGAACACGAGAUUUGCACAACGAAGGAAAAAGGAUAAUGUUUGAACUAUCCUACUACAAGGUCUGUUUCUACGUAUAAGCACGGACGAUCGAACAAUGGAACGAGAAAUACACCACUUAUGCUAUCUUCUAUUAGGUAUACAUAAUACUGAGUUCUUCAGCUAUACCUCCACUCUAGCUAACCGGCUGUUCAUCUAACCUACAAAAGCAACAUCAAAUACACAGAGAACGUAUCCACUCACAAGGACAAUGGGUGCUAGAGCGUCUUCUGAUCGGAAUGAAAAUAAGUCAAGAAGUUGUACACCUAAUUUAUGAUGGGGACGGUUUGUUCAUACAGCAAAACGGAUAUUAUGGACGCGGAAGUGACUGAAAGAGAAGUGUUCAGAACUCGGAGAUUGUUUCGCUCUCACAGAGAGGAUGCCGAAGAGUGGAGAAAUUUAUCUUUGCAGUGCACAGUUCAUUGUUCCGAAUGUCGUAACAUUGUAGCGUUCGAGAAUACUGGGUUUGAGGUUACAGAGAUUGAGAACCACUGCACUAACUACGCCAGUUUCGACAACACUAAUAAAGGCAUAAUAGUGCCUGGUAACAUGAGCCACUGUUGUGCUAUUUGUUAUGAGAAUGGAGAAAAAAGUGAUUCAGUGUUAAGUUUAAGUGGGUCUAUAGAGGAAACAUACUGUGGUAAUGUCCACAGGGAGGAGUUGUGCGAGUGCUGCAAAUAUUGCCGAAUGGAAAGAAAAAGAUUGGGAAUAACAGGUCCAGCCCCGUGUGAAAAUUGCACGUGUACACUAUGCAAACGAGAACGUCCCUUUAUAGCUGUUAAAGCAUGGAAUGCAGGUACUGAAACCGAAACCGAAGUAUCACAAUCACCAACAGAGGUCGUGCCUUUUACUGGUAGUUUCUGCAAUCUUUGCGAUUUCUUCACUGAGGGUAGCCAUAAAGAUUGGAAUGAAUUAGAUAAGGAUAUGAACUUGAUCGUGAAAAGUCUUGAUAAACUGAAGAAUGGUAAGGAAAAACCCCCUAAGAUCGGAGUCUUCCUUCAAAAAACAGGCAACGGUAGACAACAGCUCAUCGUUCGAGAUGAAUGGACGUCCUAUCAUAUCGAAG